AUGCCUUCCCCCGACGACAGAAUCCUCAAGUCGACACGACCGGCUAAUUAUAAGCUACAAUCCGUAGCUGUACCCGGCACCAAACGGCCUGGCCAGACUGCGCACUACCGCAAUGAACUCUUUGGCAUGAUUGAUUACUCGUACCCCAAUGCGUUGAAGGACCUGGUCGACAUCUUCGAGACCGGUUUGGGCAUUAACCCCGAAUCGAACCUACUCGGAUACCGUCCGCAAGUCUCCGCGAACCCUCUAAAAUUCGCGGAUCACUAUGUCUGGGACACGUAUGCGCAGGUUGAUGUCAAACGACGUGCCGUGGGAAGCGCGCUAUACGCCUGGUUCAAGGAUGGAACUUUGGGUGGCACCGAGUUGGAAACCGUCGGCAUUUGGAGCAUUAAUCGCCCAGAAUGGCAACUCAUCGACCUUGCACUGCACGCAUACCAGAAAGUUGGCGUCAGCUUGUAUGAUACUCUAGGGAAGGACUCUGUCGAAUACAUCAUCAACCACUCCGGCCUCACCGUCAUUUUUGCAACGGUGAAUCACAUUGCAGAACUCAUCAAACUUGCACCGAAGACGCCGCAAGUGAAGAUGAUUGUGUCCAUCGACGACCUGGAGCCUGAGAUGAAGCGCAUUCUGACGGCCUGGGCCGGCCAGCACAACAUCAAGAUCAAGACUCUGAAAGAAGUCAUUGAGUUUGGUGUGGCGCACCCAGUCAACGUGAUUCGCCCGACCUACGACCAGUUGGCGAGCAUCUGCUACACCUCCGGCACAACAGGAGCACCGAAGGGCGCGAUGCUCACACAUGGCAACCUUGCGAUUGGAGUCCAGGGCCAGCUCUGCGAUUUCACAUUGCAGAACUUCGGACAACCGGUCUUGAUCUCCUAUUUGCCUCUGGCGCACAUCUUCGAGCGCCUGAAUGAGUUAUGCACCAUCGCCAUUGGCGGCAAGAUCGGUUACUUCACCGGAGAUCCAUUGCGCCUCAUCGAGGACUGCCAGAUCCUCAAGCCAAUGUUCUUCCCCAGUGUUCCCCGCGUGCUCAACAGGAUAUACCAGGCCGCCAUGGUCGCCGGUGCCGCGCCAGGAUUGAAGGGUGCCAUCUUCCGACGGGCUGUCGAGACGAAGCUCGCACGCGUUCGCACCGAUGGCGUGUGCACUCACCCGCUGUGGGAUCGCCUCGUAUUCAAGAAGGUGCAGGCGGUGCUCGGUGGGAACGUCAAGCUCAUCGCUAGCGGAAGCGCGCCCAUCAGCCCAGACGUGAUCGAUUUCCUACGUAUUAGCUUCGCGUGCGAUGUUUGGGAGGGCUAUGGUAUGACAGAGACUGCCGCGGUGUGCACGCGCGUCAUGAAGGACGACCCCACGAGUUCGGGUUGCGUCGGUAUCCCGCUUAGUGUCAUGGAGCUCAAGCUCAUUGACGUCCCAACCAUGAACUACACAAGCGAGGACAAGCCCAAUCCUCGCGGUGAACUAUGCUGCCGCGGUCCUGUAUGCUUCAUCGGAUACUACAAGGACGAGAAGAAUACCAAGUCGACGAUCGAUGAGGAGGGCUGGUUGCAUACGGGCGACGUUGCGGAGCUCGACCCGUAUGGUCGUUUCAAGAUCGUGGAUCGUGUCAAGAACAUCAUGAAGCUUUCGCAGGGCGAGUAUGUCGCGCUUGAGAAGAUCGAGGGCGUGUACAUCACAAACCCGCUUCUCGCACAGCUCCUCGUUCACGGGGACUCGCUGCAACCUUACCUCGUCGCAGUCGUUGUUCCCGAUCCUGUACAGUUCGCCGCGUUCUGCUCAAAGGUCACGGGCGAGAAGAUUUCGGAGACGGACACGGCCCGCCUACAAGCACUCUGCAAGGACCCGCGCGUCAAUCAAGCCGUGUUGAGCGUGUUGGACGACAUCGGGAGGAAAGCUGGAUUGAAGGGCUUCGAGAUGAUCAAGAAGAUCCAUUUGACGAUGGACUUGUUCAGCGUCGAGAACAACACGCUCACGCCGACGCUCAAGAUCAAGCGCAAGGACGCCUACAACUUAUACAAGCGCGAGCUUGAUGGUCUCUAUGCCGAUGUGCCUUCAACGGCCGCUAGGCUAUGA